CGGGGGGGAGGGGGGAGCGAAGGUGGAUGAGCUCCUGGCUAGACGGCACGGAGCCUGAACGAAGGAUGAAGGAUUAGCUCAGCUUCGCCCUCUGGUGGCAGAGCCGUGCAUCUCUCCCCCCCCACCCCCGUCUCAGCACCAGAAAAACCCAGCCGGAGUUUCGAUUCCAGCAUCGUCUUGUCAUCCUGUGACUGCCAAGAGACAGGAAACGAAACUGGGAGCACAAUCAUCUGUCGUGUGGCAGUGUCUUCGUAGUUUUGGUAGUGUAUCUGUGCACCCCCAGCAUCUGUGCCAUCCGACUCCUCACUGAGCAUCACCGACAGAGCCCAGACUCUCUCCCAGACAUGAUUCCCUUGCAGCUCCUGUUUUGUUUAAUCCUGGGAUUGUCUGCACUGGAAGAGAAUCUUGACCAUUCGUCCAACACCUGUUCGAGGGGACAAGGUUCAGCUGAGAUAUGUCCUCCAAUAGCUGAAAUAUCAGACAAGUCACUGAGUGAUGUCCCUGGCCCCUCAUCUGAGAUGCUAACUGAUGAGAAGAUGGAGGUUCCUGUGAUGGAGGAGAUUCAGAUGGAGGAGAUUAAGAUGGAGGAGCCGAUGACCCUGGUUGAAAACGUGGAUGGGGCAUUGCGCCUCAACCCGGACGCCCUAAACGUCCUGCGUUCCAUUGAGAGACCCGUGGUGGUGGUGGCCGUGGUGGGAGCUGCUCGGACAGGGAAGUCGUACCUCUUGAAUCGUCUUGCCGGAUCUAAGAAGGGUUUCCCACUGGGGUCCACCGUGCAGUCGCUCACUAAAGGCAUCUGGAUGUGGUCCUUGCCUCACCCGCAGAGAGCUGACCAAAGCCUGAUCCUGCUGGAUUCAGAAGGACUCGGAGAUCCGGAAAAGGGGGAUGAACAGAACGACAAUUCAGUCUUUGCGCUGGCCAUCCUCCUCAGCAGCGUGUUCGUCUACAACAGCCAGGGAACCAUCAACCAGCACGCCAUGAGUGACCUGCACUUUGUGACAGAACUGGCAAAGCGGAUUCAGGUGAAAUCGCAGCCUGAUGGGAGUGAGGCGCAAAACUUUGUCCAGUUCUUUCCUGACUUUGUGUGGACGCUACGUGACUUCACCCUAGACCUGAAUAUUAAUGGAUCAGUGGUGACAGCAGAUCAAUACUUGGAGAACAGCCUUCGACUCCGUAAAGAGGAGACAAAGCAGGACCAGAGCUACAACACCCUGCGCCGGUGCAUUCGGGAAUACUUUCCCUCCCGCCGCUGUUUCGGGCUGGUGAGCCCCGCCCCCCGGAAGGUCCUGAGGCAGCUCCAGGGACUGUCCGACGACCAGCUGGACCAGGAGUUCGUUCGGGAUUUCCGCAGCUUCUCCGAGUACAUUUACACCUCCGGGAAGGUCAAGAAAGUGCUGGGCGGACACCAGGUGACUGGAAAGAGAUUGAGCCAGUUGGCCGAGUCCUAUGUGGAGGCCAUUGCGAGAGGCGAGUUACCCUGCGUGGAGAAUGGAAUUGCCCGGAUGGCGGGGAGCGAGAAUGAAGCAGCUGUUCAGAAAGCGCUGGAAUACUACGACCGGAAGCUGGUGAAAUUGCUGCCUUUGCCGGGACACAUCGUGUAUCAACUGACCGACCUAUUCACUUAUUAUCACAAUGAGGCAGUGAGAAUCUUCAUGAAGUAUUCGCUGAUGGAUAAGGAAGCCAAGCAUAUCCGCAAAUUGGAGGAGCUCCUGCAAUCCCGUUACGAAUCCGAGCUUUCCAGGAUCGAAGUUCAGUCGGGAGUUCAUUGUGAGGAGGCUCUGUCGACAGCCAUGGCUUCCAUCCGUGACAACCUGGAUUCGGGCUAUUAUCUAAGACCUGGGGGAUAUCGCGAUUUGGAGAUUCACCUUGAGGAAGGCAUCAGCAAAUACAACAUGGGGACUGUGGAGGAGGUCAAGGGCGCGGAGGUCCUGGAGGAGUUCCUGACGAAGAUGAAGCCUCGCCUGGCCGAAGUGCAGAAGGUGAACAGCGUGCUGCACGACAGGGAGGAGGAUGUGUUCGAUCUGAAGGAGGAGCUGGCGAAGCUGCGGGAGGAGAGGUGGGCCCAGGAGCAGGGCCGGCAGGAGGCCAAGCGGGCCGGGGAGCAGGACCUGCUGAGACAGCUGAAGGGCAAGUUCGAGGAGGAGCGGGAGCGGGCGGUGGCCGAGCAGACGGAGGUCAUCGGCCACAAGCUCCGGGAAGGGGGCAGGUACCGGGCCGAGGGCGCUGAAGAGGAUUCCGGGAGAUCCGACGAUGAGCGGCGGCGCUAUGAGAGGGCGCGGGAUCGGACGAGGGAUCAGACGUUCUGGGAUUACAUCUACGCGGUGGUCGGCUGGCUAGGCCGGUCCUUGGGCCUUAUUUGAUUGACGUCGACGUGACACUCUGAAAUCUUGUACCCACCCCCCCCCUCCACCCCUCCCACCCAACAACCCUCCCCCGGUCCCCCCCUCACGGCCGCUACUCUGGUUUUGGUCCAAGCCUCACCCCAACCCAACAGCCCUCCCUUCCCCGAGACAGGUCAGGAAAGUCCCAGGCUUCACUUUGGGCCCCAGUGUGGAGCAGGCCAACCUUUCGCCUUCCGAUAACGAUUGGAUUCCCUUUAGAAAGCCUCGAUUGGCUCCCCCCCGCCCCCCCCACACCCUCAGGCAGCGCGUUCCAGACCCUAACCCCCCCUCGAUUGACCCUCCUUCUCCCCCACACUCUCAGGCAGCGCGUUCCAGACCCUAACCCCUCGCUGCGUGAAAAAGUUUCUCCUCGUGUCUCCGUCGCUCCUUUUACCCAUCGCCUUCAAUCCAUGUCCCUCUGCUUCUCGAUCCUUCCCCCCAAUGGGAACAGUUUCUCCCGAUCCGCUCCGUCCCAGACCCCCUCGUGAUUUUGAACACCUCGAUCAACUCUCCUCUCCACCAUCUCUUCUCCGAGGAGAACAGUCCCAACUUCUCCAAUCUAU